AUGCCUACAACUUCAGAAACUUCAACUGCACCUCCUACGACCACAACUACCGCUGAACCCACAACAUCUCCUGACCUCACAACAACUCAAGCUCCCACAACCACAGUUGUCAGUACAGAAACAACACUUCUUACUUCAACAGUGCUGCCUACAACUUCGGAAAGUACAACAGCAGAAACUACCGCUACAGCUUCAACAACCACAACUUCAUCUCCCACUACUACAACAUCAGCAGCUCCUACUUCAUCUGAAUCUCCAACUGCAACAACAGUUAUAACUUCAGAAACAACAACACUCGCUUCAACAACAACACUUGCUUCGACAACAAUGCCUACAUCUUCAGAAACUUCAACUGCACCUCCUACGACCACAACUACAGCUGAACCCACAACAUCUCCUGACCUCACAACAACUCAAGCUCCCACAACCACAGUUGUCAGUACAGAAACAACACUUCUUACUUCAACAGUGCUGCCUACAACUUCGGAAAGUACAACAGCAGAAACUACCACUACAGCUUCAACAACCACAACUUCAUCUCCCACUACUACAACAUCAGCAGCUCCAACUUCAUCUGAAUCUCCAACUACAACAACAGUUAUAACUUCAGAAACAACAACACUUGCUUCAACAACAACACUUGCUUCGACAACAAUGCCUACAACUUCAGAAACUUCAACUGCACCUCCUACGACCACAACUACCGCUGAACCCACAACAUCUCCUGACCUCACAACAACUCAAGCUCCCACAACCACAGUUGUCAGUACAGAAACAACACUUCUUACUUCAACAGUGCUGCCUACAACUUUGGAAAGUACAACAGCAGAAACUACCACUACAGCUUCAACAACCACAACUUCAUCUCCCACUACUACAACAUCAGCAGCUCCUACUUCAUCUGAAUCUAAAAUUGCAACAACAACUGUAACUUCAGAAACCACAACACUUGCUUCGACAACAACACUUGCUUCGACAACAAUUUCUACAUCUUCAGAAUCUUCAACUACAUCUCCUUCGACCACAACUACCGCUGAACCCACAACAUCUCCUGACCUCACAACAACUCAAGCUCCCACAACCACAGUUGUCAGUACAGAAACAACACUUCUUACUUCAACAGUGCUGCCUACAACUUCGGAAAGUACAACAGCAGAAACUACCACUACAGCUUCAACAACCACAACUUCAUCUCCCACUACUACAACAUCAGCAGCUCCAACUUCAUCUGAAUCUCCAACUACAACAACAGUUAUAACUUCAGAAACAACAACACUUGCUUCAACAACAACACUUGCUUCGACAACAAUGCCUACAACUUCAGAAACUUCAACUGCACCUCCUACGACCACAACUACCGCUGAACCCACAACAUCUCCUGACCUCACAACAACUCAAGCUCCCACAACCACAGUUGUCAGUACAGAAACAACACUUCUUACUUCAACAGUGCUGCCUACAACUUCAGAAAGUACAACAGCAGAAACUACCGCUACAGCUUCAACAACCACAACUUCAUCUCCCACUACUACAACAUCAGCAGCUCCUACUUCAUCUGAAUCUCCAUCUGCAACAACAGUUAUAACUUUAGAAACAACAACACUUGCUUCAACAUCAACACUUGCUUCGACAACAAUUUCUACAUCUUCAGAAACUUCAACUACAUCUCCUUCGACCACAACUACAGCUGAACCCACAACAUCUCCUGACCUCACAACAACUCAAGCUCCCACAACCACAGUUGUCAGUACAGAAACAACACUUGUUACUUCAACAGUGCUGCCUACAACUUCAGAAAGUACAACAGCAGAAACUACCGCUACAGCUUCAACAACCACAACUUCAUCUCCCACUACUACAACAUCAGCAGCUCCUACUUCAUCUGAAUCUCCAACUGCAACAACAGUUAUAACUUCAGAAACAACACUUCCUUCAACAACAACACUUGCUUCGACAACAAUGCCUACAACUUCAGAAACUUCAACUGCACCUCCUACGACCACAACUACCGCUGAAACCACAACAUCUCGUGAUCUCACAACAACUCAAGCUCCCACAACCACAGUUGUCAGUACAGAAACAACACUUCUUACUUCAACAGUGCUGCCUACAACUUCGGAAAGUACAACAGCAGAAACUACCACUACAGCUUCAACAACCACAACUUCAUCUCCCACUACUACAACAUCAGCAGCUCCAACUUCAUCUGAAUCUCCAACUACAACAACAGUUAUAGCUUCAGAAACAACAACACUUGCUUCAACAACAACACUUGCUUCGACAACAAUGCCUACAACUUCAAAAACUUCAACUGCACCUCCUACGACCACAACUACCGCUGAACCCACAACAUCUCCUGACCUCACAACAACUCAAGCUCCCACAACCACAGUUGUCAGUACAGAAACAACACUUCUGACUUCAUCAUUGCUGCCUACAACUUCGGAAAGUACAACAGCAGAAACUACCACUACAGCUUCAACAACCACAACUUCAUCUCCCACUACUACAACAUCAGCAGCUCCAACUUCAUCUGAAUCUCCAACUACAACAAUAGUUAUAACUUCAGAAACAACAACACUUGCUUCAACAACAACACUUGCUUCGACAACAAUGCCUACAAUUUCAGAAACUUCAACUGCACCUCCUUCGACCACAACUACAACUGAACCCACAACAUCUCCUGAUCUCACAACAACUCAAGCUCACACAACCACAGUUGUCAGUACAGAAACAACACUUCUUACUUCAACAGUGCUGCCUACAACUUCGGAAAGUACAACAGCAGAAGCUACAGCUACAGCUUUAACAACUACAACAUCAUCUCCCACUACUACAACAUCAGCAGCUCCAACUUCAUCUGAAUCUAAAACUGCAACAACAACUGUAACUUCAGAAACCACAACACUUGCUUCGACAACAACACUUGCUUCGACAACAAUGCCUACAACUUCAGAAACUUCAACUGCACCGCCUACGACCACAACUACCGCUGAACCCACAACAUCUCCUGACCUCACAACAACUCAAGCUCCCACAACCACAGUUGUCAGUACAGAAACAACACUUCUUACUUCAACAGUGCUGCCUACAACUUCCGAAAGUACAACAGCAGAAACUACAGCUACAGCUUUAACAACUACAACAUCAUCUCCUACUACUACAACAUCAGCAGCUCCAACUUCAUCUGAAUCUAAAACUGCAACAACAACUGUAUCUUCAGAAACCACAACAGUUGCUUCGACAACAACACUUGCUUCGACAACAAUUUCUACAUCUUCAGAAACUUCAACUACAUCUCCUUCGACCACAACUACAGCUGAACCCACAACAUCUCCUGACCUCACAACAACUCAAGCUCCCACAACCACAGUUGUCAGUACAGAAACAACACUUCUUACUUCAACAGUGCUGCCUACAACUUCGGAAAGUACAACAGCAGAAACUACCACUACAGCUUCAACAACCACAACUUCAUCUCCCACUACUACAACAUCAGCAGCUCCAACUUCAUCUGAAUCUCCAACUGCAACAACAGUUAUAACUUCAGAAACAACAACACUUGCUUCAACAACAGCACUUGCUUCGACAACAAUGCCUACAACUUCAGAAACUUCAACUGCACCUCCUUUGACCACAACUACAGCUGAACCCACAACAUCUCCUGACCUCACAACAACUCAAGCUCCCACAACCACAGUUGUCAGUACAGAAACAACACUUCUUACUUCAACAGUGCUGAAUACAACUUCGGAAAGUACAACAGCAGAAACUACCACUACAGCCUCAACAACCACAACUUCAUCUCCCACUACUACAACAUCAGCAGCUCCAACUUCAUCUGAAUCUCCAACUGCAACAACAGUUAUAACUUCAGAAACAACAGCACUUGCUUCAACAACAACACUUGCUUCGACAACAAUUUCUACAUCUUCAGAAACUUCAACUGCACCUCCUAUGACCACAACUACUGCUGAACCCACAACAUCUCCUGACCUCACAACAACUCAAGCUCCCACAACCACAGUUGUCAGUACAGAAACAACACUUCUUACUUCAACAGUGCUGCCUACAACUUCGGAAAGUACAACAGCAGAAACUACCACUACAGCUUCAACAACCACAACUUCAUCUCCCACUACUACAACAUCAGCAGCUCCAACUUCAUCUGAAUAUCCAACUGCAACAACAGUUAUAACUUCAGAAACAACAACACUUGCUUCAACAACAAUUUCUACAACUUCAGAAACUUUAACUGCACCUCCUACAACCACAACUACGGCUGAACCCACAACAACUCAAGCUCCCACAACCACAGUUGUCAGUACAGACACAACACUUCUUACUUCAACAGUGCUGCCUACAACUUCGGAAAGUACAACAGCAGAAACUACAGCUACAGCUUUAACAACUACAACAUCAUCUCCCACUACUACAACAUUAGCAGCUCCAACUUCAUCUGAAUCUCCAACUGCAACAACAAUUGUAACUUCAGAAACCACAACACUUGCUUCGACAACAACACUUGCUUCGACAACAAUGCCUACAAUUUCAGAAACAACAAUUGCAACUGAAACAACAAAUGCAGCAUCCACAACCCCAGUUGAUCCUUCAACUACUACAUUAGCUCCAACGUCCUCUCUAGCUCAAAGUACAACAGCACAGACCACAGUGCCUCUUGUAACCACAAGUACUGAAGCUGUCAGAACCACAAAUGUUAGUCCAGAUACCUCAACUGUUCUUUCAACAACAAUUUCUACAACUUCAGGAACUUCAACUGCACCUCCUACAACCACAACUACAGCUGAACCCACAACAUCUCCUGACCUCACAACAACUCAAGCUCCCACAAUCACAGUUGACAGUAUAGAAACAACACCUCUUACUUCAACAGUGGUACCUACAACUUCAGAAAGUGCAACAGCAGAUACUACAGCUACAGCUUCAACAACCACAACUUCAUCUCCCACUACUACAACAUCAUCUCUAACCUCAUCUAAAGCUCCAAGUACAGCAACAGCUGAAACCACAAUGCCACUUGCAACCUCAGCUUCUGAAGCUCUCACAAAUACAGAUACUACAGCUAUUGCUUCAACAACAAUUUCACUUGCAACAACCACAUCUACAGCUUCCACCACUACAAUUAUUCCUUCCACCAAUACAUCAGGACAAACUUCAUCUGAAGCUUCAAGUACAACAACAAAAAUUCCAAGCACAACAACAGUUAUGUCUCCAAUAUCCACUGCAACAACAUCAACUGCAACCUCAUCUGAAAUUCCAAAGGAAACAACAGCUCAAAUCACAUUGGCAAUUGAAACCACAUCAACAGGUGUAACCACAACUGCUGCUGCUCCAACAACAUUUACAACUUCAGAAAGUACAACUGCACAUGCAACAACAACCUCACCUACCACAUUGUUACCUUCCACUACUGCAUCAGCUGCAACCUCAUCUGAAGCUCCAAGUUCAACAACUCAAACCACAACAACUUCAACUCCAACUCUAAUUGUAUCUCCGGCUACAUCAACAUUAGCAACAACAACAAAUAACAAUCCCACCACUGAAAUUCAAGCUCAAACCUCAGCUUCAGCUCAAAGCACAAACAUGCCUACAGCAGCAAUAACAACUGCAUUCCAAAUAACAACUGCACCUCUAUCAAGCACAACUAUUGCUUUUACCAAUACAGCUCCAGCUCUAAGCCAAACAGCACUUACCACAACAACUGCAUCUCCAAUAAUCACAACUGUGUCUCCAGAAAACAUAACUAUUGCUGUAACAAUUAUGCCUAUCUCCACAACACAAGUAACUAUAUCCCCAACUUCAACUCCAACAAAAACAACUGAACCUCCAAGAACACCAGCUGCAUCCAUGACAACCAUGACUGCUCUUCCCACCACUACAGUUCUAGCUGAUAUCUCAGCUACAGUUCCAAGCACAACUGCAACUCAAACAACAACUGACAAAGCAACUACAGGAGGUCUGUUAAGCACAACUGUAUCUUUUGCCAGCACAUCUCCUGCUCCAGCCACAAACCUAAUAUCUGGUACAGCAGUGGUCACAAGCAACCUGCUGUUCAGCUCCUCAUCUCCAGUCCCCAGUGAAAAUAUCAGUGAAGUUCUGGUCCUCAGUGCUAUCAACACUCUCCGGCGAAACAGAGAGUCACAGCUCAAUGAUUCAGUGAAGGUGGUGAAUGUCACCUAUCAGAAGAUUUCCGAAACCUCCUAUGCUGUGGUCAUUGCGUUUAGUCUGAGUAAUAUCAGCAUGCCUGAAGUCCCUGAGCUCAGAAACAACACCUACACGAAAGUGCAGGAUGUUGUCAAUAAUGCGCUGAACACUCUUCUGAAUGAACCUGGCAAUACAACAUUACAACCCGAAUCAUCCAACUUCACAAGCACUUUCAACCAGAUUAAUGGCAGAAUGGGAUACACUUUCCAGGAUGGAGAUGCCAUACAACCUGUCAGCUUCCUAAAGGAGCUUCGUUCUCAAUUGCAAUUGACCACUACAACAGCGUUUCCAGAAUCAACAACCGGUUCCUCUGUGACUUCUCAAAACCUAAUAUCUGGUACAGCAGUGGUCACAAGCAAGCUGCUGUUCAGCUCCUCAUCUCCAGUCCCCAGUGAAGCUCUGGUCCUCAGUGCUAUCAACACUCUCCAGCGAAACAGAGAGUCACAGCUCAAUGAUUCAGUGAAGGUGGUGAAUGUCACAUAUCAGAAGAUUUCCGAAACCUCCUAUGCUGUGGUCAUUGCGUUUAGUCUGAGUAAUAUCAGCAUGCCUGAAGUCCCUGAGCUCAGAAACAACACCUACACGAAAGUGCAGGAUGUUGUCAAUAAUGCGCUGAACACUCUUCUGAAUGAACCCGGCAAUACAACAUUACAACCCGAAUCAUCCAACUUCAUAAGCACUUUCAACCAGAUUAAUGGCAGUAUGGGAUACACUUUCCGGGAUGGAGAUGCCAUACAACCAGUCAGCUUCCUAAAGGAGCUUCGUUCUCAAUUGCAAUUGACCACUACAACAGCGUUUCCAGAAUCAACAGCCGGUUCCUCUGUGACUUCUCAAAACCUAAUAUCUGGUUCAGCAGUGGUCACAAGCAAGCUGCUGUUCAGCUCCUCAUCUCCAGUCCCCAGUGAAGCUCUGGUCCUCAGUGCUAUCAACACUCUCCAGCGAAACAGAGAGUCACAGCUCAAUGAUUCAGUGAAGGUGGUGAAUGUCACCUAUCAGAAGAUUUCCGAAACCUCCUAUGCUGUUGUCAUUGCGUUUAGUCUGAGUAAUAUCAGCAUGCCUGAAGUCCCUGAGCUCAGAAACAACACCUACAAGAAAGUGCAGGAUGUUGUCAAUAAUGCGCUGAACACUCUUCUGAAUGAACCCGGCAAUACAACAUUACAACCCGAAUCAUCCAACUUCAUGAGCACUUUCAACCAGAUUAAUGGCAGUAUGGGAUACACUUUCCGGGAUGGAGAUGCCAUACAACCAGUCAGCUUCCUAAAGGAGCUUCGUUCUCAAUUGCAAUUGACCACUACAACAGCGUUUCCAGAAUCAACAACCGGUUCUUCUGUGACUUCUCAAAACCUAAUAUCUGGUACAGCAGUGGUCACAAGCAAGCUGCUGUUCAGCUCCUCAUCUCCAGUCCCCAGUGAAGCUCUGGUCCUCAGUGCUAUCAACACUCUCCGGCGAAACAGAGAGUCACAGCUCAAUGAUUCAGUGAAGGUGGUGAAUGUCACAUAUCAGAAGAUUUCCGAAACCUCCUAUGCUGUGGUCAUUACGUUUAGUCUGAGUAAUAUCAGCAUGCCUGAAGUCCCUGAGCUCAGAAACAACACCUACAAGAAAGUGCAGGAUGUUGUCAAUAAUGCGCUGAACACUCUUCUGAAUGAACCUGGCAAUACAACAUUACAACCCGAAUCAUCCAACUUCAUGAGCACAUCAAACCAGGUUAAUGGCAGUAUGGGAUACACCUUCCAGGAUGGAGAUGCCAUACAACCAGUCAGCUUCCUAACUGAGCUUCGUUUACAGACAGUCUCAACAACAGCCGGCCCUCUGACAACAAUCACAACUUCUCCACCGACUGUGCUUGGCAGAGUGAUUAUAUUUAUUCGGCUUGUGUUUGUCACACUUGGUCCCCUACCAAAUGAAAAUGAGAUUAUUCAGGUGGCCAACACUCUGCUGUACUCACGUCUCAUAACUAAACUAGGCAGCAGAGCACAACCCCUGAGUGAUCCUGUGAACUUUGUGAAUAUCACAUAUACAAAAAUGAAUGAGACCGCCUAUACUCUCAACUUUGGAUUUGAAAUCAGCAAUGUAUCCAUGUCUGAGAAACUUGAAUUCAGGAAUGAAACCUACCUGACAAUACAAGACUCUAUAAAUACACUGCUGAACAAGAUCCUGAAUAAUGACACAGCUCCUACAAUUAAGUUCCAACCAGGCGAUUUCACAGAUUUCUCAGGCAAUUCCACCACGAUUCAGGCCAAUGUUACAUAUGUUUUCUCAAACAGUAACAUCACACAACCCAGCAUCUUUAUCCAGGAACUUCUCCAGGUUAUCAGAGAGAGCACUUUGACAACAACAACAGCGAGCACAACUACUCCACAACCCAUUAGUAAGGUGGUUAUUAAGAUUCGCCUUGUGUUUGUCACUCUGGGCCCAAUCCCAAGUGAGAGUGACGUUCUAAGGGUAGUUAAAUCUGUGCUGGCCUCAAAUCUCACAACUAAACUAUCUACCAGAGCAACAGUAAUCCCAAGUGACCCAGUGAUCAAGGCAGAUGUCACCUAUUCAAGAAUUAAUGACACUGCCUAUGCUCUCGACUUUGAAUUUGAAAUCAACAGUUUAUCUGUGAAUGAUAAACAAAGGAAUCAAGCCUACGGAGAAAUACAAAACAAGAUAAAUAAUUUGGUGAUCGAGAUCCUGAAUAACCCCUCAGCUGCUCUAUCAUUUAUUCCAGCCAAUUUCAGUAAUCCAGGAAGUUCCUCCAUAAUUAUCGCCAAUGUUACCUAUGUUUUCUCACAAAAUGACAGCAACAGUUACACAGUUUUUGGUCGCUUGGUCGGACAACUUUUCAUCACUUUUACCACACCUGCUCCAACCACCAUUAACACUACAGUCUCAAACAACAGUACAAAUGCAGCAUGGGUUGUGGCUAUCAUUGUCCCUGUGGCUAUUGUCCUCGGGCUUAUACCUUGCUGGAUUCUCCUUUGUUGUUUACUCUGUGGGUGCUGUGCAGCAAUCAGAAGACGUUGGCACAGAAGACAGUCGUACAACGUGCAGUACACCACUCGAAACAGCCUCUUCUAGAGAUAUUUAGAGUGCAAAAAAAAGGACUGAACACCAGUGAAAACAUAAAUAUAAUUUAAGCUUUGGAUUUUCAAUACUCCCUCCUUUGUAGUAAUGAAUGUACUAAAUUAAUGCUUAUUUUAUUUUAUAAAUUAUUUAUUUUAUUAUUCAUGUAUUGCUAGACAAACAGGGUCUCCAUAAAAUGUUGCUAAAUGUGAUUUCUUAAUACUUUCUCUGUAGUGUAUAAUGAUAUGUAUUGUUUUUAUUUAUUUGUAUAUAUUUAUAAUAUUCAGUUUACAGUUAUUUAAUAAUCUUGUGCAAAUCAUGUCUACUUGACAUUACACAUUUAACUUAAAGGGACAAAGGUAGAAGAUUUGAAUUAGAGUUGCUUAUAUACUCAUAUAUUCAUACAUGCACGUUAUAAUUGCAAAGCAAAUGUAGGUUCUGCAAGUCAUUGGCAUGAACAUUUCAAACGGCAAAAAAAACUAAUAAAAAUACUAUACAAA